GUUAGGUGUAUAAGUCCAAAAUCUAAACUCUAACAAAAUCGUGUUCACAGGAGAAAUUUUUGUCCACUGUGUUCAUUUCAAUGUAAGGUGCUAUAUUAUUCUGUCAGCAGUGCUUUGAUUGUGGAGGAUAAUCUUAAUACUCUUCUGAACAGGGAUUUUACCGUUGACAUUUCCUGUUUGUGUGAGGACAUUCUCUGUCUCCAAAAUGAUGAGGCUACUAUUGAAGCUGUUCCGGAAGAAACCGGUGGACUGUAAUGAAUUGCAGACGACCAAACUUUCUCGAGUUCUUACACUAUUGGAUCUUAUACUCUUGGGAGUGGGAAGUACCCUAGGAGCUGGCGCCUAUGUGUUAUCAGGAGAGGUUGCCAAGUCAAAGGCAGGUCCAUCAAUUAUUCUGUCCUUCUUUGUAGCAGCCAUUGUAUCAGUGCUUGCAGGGCUUUGUUAUGCUGAAUUUGGGGCCCGAGUGCCAAAGACUGGCUCUGCCUAUGUCUAUAGCUACAUCACAAUAGGUGAACUGAUUGCUUUUAUCAUUGGGUGGAACCUCAUCCUGGAAUAUGCCAUUGGAACUGCAAGUGUAGCAAGAGCUUGGACUGCAAAUUUCAACACAUUGGUUGACUAUAAAAUCUCCAAUUUCCUAAACUCCACCAUGCCAAUUCAUGUUGAUUUCAUAGCGGAAUAUCCCGAUUUCUUUGCGUUGGGCCUCGUGGCAUUACUUACAGUUGUUCUUGCUGUCGGAGUGAAACAAUCUACAAUGUUCAACAGUAUUUUUACAGUCCUCAAUCUCUUUGUACUUACCUAUGUUAUCAUCUGUGGAUUUUUCAACGUUGACUUUAAGAACUGGAGCAUUGACAAAAGUGAAGUACCCCCUGGGUACGGUGAGGGUGGGUUCAUGCCUUAUGGCAUCUCCGGAAUGUUGUCUGGUGCUGCUACAUGUUUCUAUGGAUUUGUUGGAUUUGACUGUAUUGCUACCACAGGUGAAGAAGCCAAAAACCCUCAGAAAGCCAUCCCCAUCAGUAUCAUCAUCAGCCUCUUCAUUGUGUUCAUCUUCUACUUCUUGAUAUCCCUUGUUCUGACCACGAUGUCUCCUUAUUAUCUGCUAGAUGCUAGUGCUUCUUUACCGUUUGUCUUUGAGAGAAUUGGAUGGACCAUUGCCAAAUACGUGAUCGCAAUUGGCGGCAUUUGUGCUCUGACUGCCAGCAUGGUAGGUUCAAUAUUCCCCUUACCCAGGGUUGUGUAUGCAAUGGCUGAGGACCGCAUAAUCUUUGGUAAUCUUUCUAAAGUAUCAGACAGGUUCAAGACCCCUGUCCUGGCAACGUUGGUCGCUGGACUCUUUGCAGGUCUGACUGCUCUCAUUUUUGAUCUCACUGAACUGGUGAAUAUGAUGUCUAUUGGAACUCUCCUAGCUUACACGUUUGUGGCCAAAUGUGUCGUUAUUUUACGCUACAGAGUAAAGACUUUUGAGAAUGAAGAACCAGAAAUGAAACUGGACAGUUAUGACAAUGCAGCUGGCAACAAUAUUGAGUUUCAAGGAAAAUUUAGUCUGAAGCAACUGAUAAAACCAGAAACAACAUUUCCAACCAAAAUUACUGAAGCCAUUGUGACAACAACUUCAUCUACACUCAGUCUGUUUGUAAUUGGUUUGUGUAUUCUCCUGGUGAAUGCAGAAGAUGACCUGACUCGUGGCUGGGCCAUUUACUUGAUUAUUCAGUUCAUAGUCCUCAUCAUUAUUUGCACGAUAAUUAUUGCUAUGCAGCCAUGCAACACUGCCAAAAUCCCAUUCAAAGUGCCAUUAGUACCAUUUCUGCCAGAACUUAGUGCUGCUGUGAACAUUUAUCUCAUGCUCAAGUUAUCACCUUCAACAUGGAUACGAUUUUGUGUAUGGAUGGUUAUCGGCUUCUUCAUAUAUUUUGGCUAUGGUUUCCGAAAGAGCAAGCUUGCUGAGGAGAAGUGAAACUGAGGAGAUUAGAGCACAGGCUGAUUUAACAGGAUUAUAUAAGCAGCAUUGAUGACCAAUCUCUAAUAACUUGAAGCAGCUACCAUCUAAAAUAUAUACAUCAUACAUCAUACAUCAAUAUAUAUGGAAAGAAAUAAGAUUAAAAACACAGAAGAUUUAUUUCAAAAGACUAAAGAAUAUAUCAGAAUCAUAAUAGUAAAAUAUUAUACAAUAUUGUACAAAAUAAGAUUUUUUUUUCUUCCAACAUAAUAUCCAGAUUCAUUAUGCAUGAAAAUUCUAUGUACCCAUAAAAUCAUUAAAAGCAGUAAACAACCAAAGACAUUAAAGAAGGUCCACACAAAUGCUAAAUUAUUUUCCAGAAUAACAGAUGCAAGAGUAAGAACGUGAGGUCGUCCUAACUGCGGAGCAUGUCCCAAAGCUUUAGAAGGAUCAGAAUUCCAUUCUAGACAAAGGCAAAAAUUCAUAGUUAAAUCAAACUUAACUUGCACCUCUGAAAACCUCAUUUAUGUUAUCAGAUACUUGGACUGCCAUAAAAGCUAUAUAAGGUCAACAGGAAUGUCUCUCGGGCAGAGUUGUAUGGUCCACAGACAGCAGAUAUCCUCCCCACAAUAUCGGCAGGUAUAUUUCAGUGAACACAUUGACAGAUAUGCAGAACAAUUGCAAUCACAAUUCCUAAUCUUCCCAUUAUAUAAAAUUGCUAUUUGGAGCUCAACGUAAGUAUGACUAAAUAAAGAGGCCUAAUUUAGCAAAAAAUAGAAGCCAGAAUUAAAUGUAAACCUAUAUUAAAAAUUUUAAAUUUACCCCAACUAUUGUAAGAAUCAAAUGAAGACCAAUAUAAAAAAUAACAGAUUUACUUCCCCUUUACUGUAAAAUACCAUGGUUGCCAAUUAUUCCUCCUAGCAAACAAAAUAUCUAAAUUAGAAGUUCAUCUAAAACUCAUAAUUUGAAAAGCAAUAAUGAAACCGGUUGUUAUGUUAGAACAAGAAAAUCUAAUUUUGUACAAUAUUGUGUAAUACUUUUGCUAUUCGGAUUCUAAUAUAUUCUUUAAUCUUUUAAAACAAAUCUUCUGUGUUUUUCCAUUUUAUUUCUUUCCGUAUAUAUUCAACCAUGUGUAAUCACCCACCAUAUUUUCUAUGAUAUAUA